AAAGAAAGGAAAAAAAACAGACAUGAAGAAGUAGAGAAAUCCAAUUUUAUUUAUUUGCUGCAAACUUUAAAAUACAAGAUUUCUUCCUUCCUUUGCUUCACACUCUCUCUGUUGGCUCUCAGAUUUCUUUCCCCCUUUCUCUCAAUUUUUUGAAUGCCCCCUUAUAAAGCUGAAGGCCCCUUUUUAUACAGAAAUGAAGAGAGCUCAAAUCCCUUUCUAAUUCUAAAUCCUAAUCCAAAUCCCUAUAAUUACAAAUGAUAAUCUAGUCCUAUUCGAAAUUGGGAUUCUAAAACUAGCUCAGUUCUUUACACAUCUUCACUCUUUCAAGGUUAGAUUCAUACCUCUUGAAAAUCAGGACUCCCAAUUGGAAUCGACUUUGAAAUCUUCUUCUGUGAUUUCAGAUAUUUCUUUAUAGUAUUUUAUCCAAAAUCAAGUAGAUGUAGGGAUAAGCCGAAGGAAUUUGGGAAUUUUGGGAAUUUUGGGAGAGUGACUAGUGGCAAAAGGAAGAAGAAUCGUGAAAGUGAGGGCUAGGGUUCAUCUGAACCCAACUCCCUUUUUAUUUUUUCAACCUUCAAGCAAAAUGAUAUCAUCUCCUCCGUCAUUGCCCUCCUUCUCUUCCUCAUCUCGUCUAUUGCUGCCCUUCUUCUCUUACUUCACCGAACAAAAGCAGCAACAGAAAUCAGAGAUUCAGAAUCUUCCUCAUCCUUCAUUAAACAACAGCUGCCUUCUACUCCUCAUCUCCUCUACUGCUACCUUCUUCUCCUGCUUCACUGACCAGAAGCACCAGUAGCAGAAGUAAAAUUCACUAAAAAUG